AGAGAAAACACAGAGAGAGAGAAAGAGAGGGAGAGAGAGAGAGAGAGAGAGAGAGGCGCACGUUAAGGCGCACGUUAAGCAUUCUCGAAGCUCUCUGCAACGCAAUUUUAUCAAUCUCUCCUCCCCCCAAUCGAAACGAUUCGUUUUUUUUUUUUUUUUUCUUCUUUUUUUCUUUCUCUUUCUAAUUCGUGGUUUUCUUUGCUUUUUUUGAUUUUGUUUCUAUUUUCGUUUCGGAAUUCAACGAGCCUAAAUUCAUCGAAAACCGUUAGCAUUUGCUGAAUUUAAUCCGAAUUUCUCACAUCAGAUUCAAAAAACACAUUUAUUUUUUUGUUGAUUAUUCUCAGCUCAAAAUUGACGAGUUCCGAAAAAUUCGAAUUUCUAGGGUUUCGGUUACGUGAAUUUGAGCUGUUUUCGGAGCUCAGGUUGAUCUGAUCGUAACAGCUUUCUACAUUUUGUGGUUUUUUGUUUUGUGUUUCUGGCAUUGUGGAUUUCUAGGGCUUUUUUUGAGUUCAGAAGCUGCAUUAUCAAAUUUGGUUGUUGUUGAUGUGGUUAUGGGGUAGAUGAAGGAAUUGGUUUGUUUUCCACAAUCUGCGUUGGAGAGUACAUUGCUGUUGAUUCUUGUUUUACAUGAAGCAAGUGGCGUAUGGUUUUGGAUCGUAUGAUUCAAAUGGGCGUUGGUUCUGUGUCUCAGCAGAAGCAGCUUCUACUGAUAUUGCAACUUGAAUGGCUGAUUUGCAGAGAGCCGGUCACGUUGAGAGGGACGUAGACAAGGCCAUUGCAUCACUUAAAAAGGGGUCAUAUCUGCUAAAGUAUGGACGCAGAGGGAAGCCAAAGUUCUGCCCAUUCCGGCUUUCUUCUGAUGAGUCUGCAUUGAUAUGGUACUCUGGCAAUGAAGAGAAACAACUUAAAAUAAGUCAAGUUUCACGGAUUAUUCCUGGACAGCGAACUGCAAUAUUUCAGCGGUAUCCUCGGCCUGAAAAGGAAUAUCAAUCAUUUUCACUUAUAUACAAUGAUAGGUCCUUGGAUUUGAUAUGUAAAGACAAGGAAGAAGCUGAAGUUUGGUUUGCUGGUCUCAAGGCAUUGAUUAGUCGAGCUAACUACAAGUGUAAAAGUGAAUCAAGAUGUGGCAGUGUAUCAUCAGAUAGUCUACAUUCUCGUACACGAAGAAGUUCUCCAUCUAUUGCUCCAUUUGAUCCAGGAGAUACAGAAGAGGUUCCUCACGAGAAUAUACCACAGACUAGACUGGGGAAGGCAUUCAGUGACAUAAUAUCAUAUACAGCAGCUGAUAAAAGUUCCUAUCAAGCUGAAUCAGUUCCCAAUUCCACAUUAACAUCGUCACCUGUAGACAACUCAAAUGGUCAAAAUUCAGGAACAGAGGCAUUUCGAGUUAGUUUAUCUAGUGUUGUGAGCUCAUCAAGCCAUGGAUCGGGUCAUGAUGAUUUUGAUGCCAUAAAUGAUGUUUUCAUUUGGGGAGAAGGUAUUGGGAAUGGAAUACUGGGUGCUGGCAUGCGUAGAGUCGGGCUUGGGAAUUCAUAUGGGUCCAAGAUGGAUGCCCUUCUCCCUAAGGCAUUGGAAUCAAAAGUAGUUCUAGAUGUUCAUAAUAUUGCUUGUGGUGGCAGACAUGCUGUGCUUGCCACAAGACAAGGGGAGAUCUUUAGCUGGGGAGAGGAGUCCGGAGGCAGGCUUGGGCAUGGUGUUGAAGUGGAUGUUUCCCACCCAAAGUUCAUUGACAGUCUUAGUGGUAUGAACAUUGAAUUAGUAGCAUGUGGGGAGUAUCACACUUGUGCUGUUACACGUUCUGGAGAUCUUUAUACAUGGGGGGAUGGUACUCACAACUUUGGUCUGCUUGGGCAUGGAAGUGAAGUUAGUCAUUGGAUUCCUAAAAAGGUAAGUGGUAUCAUGGAGGGUAUUCAUGUAGUAUCUAUCUCUUGUGGACCUUGGCAUACAGCUGUUGCGACAGCAGCUGGCCAGUUGUUUACAUUUGGGGAUGGAUCCUUUGGUGUCCUUGGCCAUGGUGACUGUAGUAGCACAAGUAUCCCCCGGGAAGUGGAAACUUUGAAAGGACAGAGAACUACAAGGGUUGCAUGUGGUGUUUGGCACACUGCUGCAGUCGUUGAAGUGACAGAUGAAUUAUCUAAUUCUGAACCUUCUGGUUACUCUUGUUCUGGAAAGCUGUUUACAUGGGGGGAUGGAGAUAAAUGCCGACUUGGUCAUGGUGAUAAAGAAUCUAGACUAGUUCCAGAGUGCGUCACUGCAUUGGUUAAUCAAAAUAUUUGUCAAGUAGCCUGUGGGUAUAAUCUCACAGUUGCUCUAACGACCUCAGGACAAGUAUAUACAAUGGGGAGUACUGCGUAUGGACAGUUGGGCAGUCCUGAGGCUGAUGGAAAACUUCCUAGUCGCAUAGAAGGUAAAAUUUCAAGAAGUUUUGUAGGGGAGAUUGCCUGCGGCUCAUAUCAUGUUGCAGUUCUGACUUCCACAGCAGAGGUUUAUACUUGGGGAAAGGGUUCAAAUGGGCAAUUAGGCCAUGGAGACAAUAUUCAUAGAAACACACCUACACUUGUCAAUUUUUUAAAGGAUAAGCUAGUAAAGAGUGUGGCCUGUGGUUCAAACUUUACAUCUGUUAUAUGUCUUCAUAAAUCUGUAUCUAGUGCUGACCACUCUAUAUGUACUGGUUGUCAUAAUCCUUUUGGUUUCAGAAGAAAACGUCACAACUGUUAUAAUUGUGGGCUGGUUUUUUGCAAAGCUUGCAGUAACAGAAAAUCUCUGAAAGCUUCUUUAGCUCCAAAUAUGAACAGGCCAUAUCGGGUCUGUGAUGAUUGUUAUUUGAAACUGAAGAAGGCCCUGGAAUCUGGUUCUAUUCUGCGACCUCCUAAAUCCAAAAAUGGAAAUACGUGUCAUAAAUCCAAUGAGGCCAUGGAUAAAGAGACUCGAGGUAAUAAACUACAGACAACACUCUCCAGAUUGUCAUCUUUUGGCUCGGGCAAUCAAUUUGAAACCAGGCGUUCAAAGCCUGACAUGAAAACAGAAUUGCAUGAUAGCCGUGUCUUUCACGCUCUGAAUGAAAAUUUUCAGUUUGGGGGAAUUUAUUCCAUAAAAGCAUCAGAUUCUCUUGUUGCAACAUCAAAGAAAGUUUCAUCAGUUUCCCUUCCUGGUUCCAGAAUGGGUUCUCGAUCAACAUCUCCUGUUUCAGAAAAGUCAAGCCCAGCUCGGUUUUCUGAAGAAAUUUUUGAUUAUUCGAAGAAUAGAAAUGGCAGUUUAAGUCAAGAAAUCAUAAAUUUAAGGGCUCAGGUGGAAGAUCUUACUAGAAAAUCCCAACAUCUUGAAGCUGAACUAGAAAGAACAUCAAAGCAGUUGAAGGAGGUCACUGCCAUUGCAGAAGAUGAAGCUGAAAAAUGCAAAUCCGCAAAGGAAGUUAUCAAGUCUCUAACUGCUCAACUGAAGGAAAUGGCUGAAAGACUGCCAGGACAUACUACCGGAUAUAGUGAAGGCACCAUUGCUGAAAACACCUCUAAUAUUCUAAACCAGUUUUCCAAUGAGAGCCAUGCAGCAAACGGAACCAUUUCAGAGGCUCAAUCAAUUAGCAAUUUAAAAGACAAAACCUUACGUAAUGGAACCAAGCAACCAACUGGAAAGGGAGAGUGGGUGGUGCAUGAUCAACCAGGCGUCUAUAUAACUUUGUCCUCCUUGCCAGGUGGUGGUAAUGAACUGAAACGUGUUCGCUUCAGCCGGAAGCAUUUCACGGAAGAACAAGCGGAGAAAUGGUGGGCUGAAAACGGGACCAAAGUAUGUGAGCGACACAAUAUACUUACUUCAUAGUAAAAAAUACAGUUGGCAGUCUAGCAUUCGCUGGAAGAAAUCAAGCCUCAUACAACUAUUUUCCAUGACCCUCUUCCUCUCCUCUGGAAACUGUAAAUUUUUUUUGUUCAAUCAUUCAGUGGAGUUUCAUCAUGGAUCCAGGGUCAGAAAUCAGAAAGGUAGACUGAGACAUUAGAAAAUUCAGAAAGUAGAAAGGAAAGCUUUUAAAGAGAUAGAACAAAUGGAAAGAUGAAAAUUUGAUUUUGAGGAAUCUGGAUACUUGGCCUCUAAUGCUAGUUAAAGAAGUUCCACACUGUUGCAGCUGGGUCUCACGUUUUUCUUUAGGCUAAUAGGCUCUUGUUGUGCUUCCCCUUACCCCCUUUUUUUUUAAUAUUAUUUUUUCGUUUCCCCAAUAUUAGUCGCUUAACAUUUUGUAUACGUACUCUUCUUGACAAAAGGCCAAGAUAAAUCCAUUUUUUUGAAUGAAGUGGUACCCCAUCUUUUUGGAUGUAAA